GAUUUACCAUCGAAUGUUAUGCGUGUCGCAUACAAAUUUUUAAUUUCAUAAAUUAAAUGUUAAGUUUAACAAAAUGAUUAUACAUUGUGCCUGCUUAAGAGGCACUUUCACGCGUCUGAAAAGUCACAAUAGUUUGCGGCAACCGUUGGUCGGUUUUCUGCGGCCCGCUCCACUCAACAGAGGCUUUAACACAGUACAAGCUUUGCGUUCGUCGCAAAAACAAUUAUUUGGACAGCUUAUCUUUAAUUUUCCAACAGUUCGUGGUAAUGUAAGUCUACGAUUUGCAAGAUAUCGUAGUAAUAUAAGCAACACAGUCCAGAAAACUGAAAAUCCGGUCAAAGUGAAGUUGCAUAGAAAGGAUGUGGUACGACUUAUUAGCUUGGCAAGAUCAGAAAAAUUGGUGCUGGCUGGCGCAAUGGGUUGUUUGGUAAUCUCUUCAGCCAUCACAAUGAGUGUACCUUUUGCGUUGGGCAAGAUAUUAGACAUAAUAUUCGACAAGAAAGAAACGAAUGUGGACACCAUGAAUAAGUUGAAGAAUUUUUCAGUAAUUCUCUUUGGCAUAUUUGUACUCGGUGGCUUAGCAAAUUAUCUCAGAGUUUACCUAUUUAAUAGCGCAUCUUUGCGUAUUGUGAAAGACUUACGAUCCAGGGUAUAUCGACGAAUGCUCUUGCAGGAAAGUGGUUGGUUCGACACGAAAGGUACUGGUGAGCUGUUAAACCGCUUAGUGAAUGAUACCUAUAUGAUAGGCAACUCGCUAAGCCAAAAUUUAUCAGAUGGACUGCGUUCAGCAGUAAUGAUUAUAGCCGGCACUUCAAUGAUGAUAUAUACGUCGCCAAGCUUGGCACUAGUUAGCACAUGUGUUGUACCAUGUGUGGCUGGUAUGGCUAUUGUGUAUGGUCGCUAUGUUCGCAACAUUACUCGAAGACUUUUGGACAAAUUUGCCGAUAUAUCGAAAUCAGCUGAAGAACGUUUGGGUAAUGUAAGAACUGUUAAAGCAUUUUGUAAAGAGAUCGAAGAGAGCAAAUCUUACGAUCAACUCCUUACCGAUGCAUUAAAUCUUGGUUACAAAGAAGUACAAGCACGUUCCAUAUUCUUUGGUUUGACUGGCUUUUCUGGCAACGUGAUAAUAAUUUCUGUACUCUAUUAUGGAGGCACAUUGGUUAUAAGCGAUGCACUCACUAUAGGAUCACUAACUUCGUUCAUACUGUAUGCUGCAUAUUCAGCCAUAUCCAUAAAUGGCCUCUCUAAUUUUUAUACGGAAUUAAAUAAGGGUGUGGGAGCAGCACAACGCGUCUGGGAAAUACUCGACCGCCAAUAUGCAAUCCCACUACACACGGGCUUAAAGCCACAGCUACCUCCACAUGGUGAAAUUAAAUUUGAAAAAGUACAAUUCAGUUUUCCGGCUCGUGCAGAAAGCAUAAUUUUGAACAAUUUUAACCUCACACUUCUGCCUGGAGAAACAACUGCGAUUGUGGGGCGAAGUGGAUCAGGGAAAACCACAAUUGCGACAUUGUUGUUGCGCCUAUAUGAUCCGGUACAAGGGAGAGUGCUAUUAGAUAACGCUGAUCUGAGAGAAUUAAAUCCGGUUUGGUUGCGAAGUUACAUCGGUGCGGUACAUCAGGAGCCCACACUCUUCUCUGGCACCAUACGUGAAAACAUACUUUAUGGUCUGAAUCCUGGCACUACAAUUAGCGAAGCAACAUUUAACGAUGCCAUACGGAAAGCACAUGUGGACGAAUUUUCUUCACAAUUACCAAAUGGUCUCAAUACGCUAGUUGGUCAACGCGGUAUGAUGCUGAGUGGUGGUCAAAGGCAACGUGUAGCCAUAGCCAGAGCUCUUAUAAAGAAUCCCGCGAUAUUAAUACUUGACGAAGCAACGAGUGCCUUGGAUUCUGUGUCCGAAGAACUAGUCCAGAAUGCCAUUGAGCAGGUAUCUAAAGGGCGCACAGUACUUACAAUAGCGCACAGACUAAGCACGAUACGCAAUGCAGAUAAAAUCGCCGUUUUAGAAAAUGGCAGUGUUGUAGAGGAGGGGCGUUACGAUGAGCUGAUAGCUAGUGAGGCAGGCACAUUCAGGGGCCUAGUUCGGAAACAAGCAUUCAUGCUAAUUUCGUGAUACUUCAUUUCGCAUAAAAUAUUUAAAAAGAUAUAAAACA